CGAGCUGCAAAAUUUUAGUCAGGAAGAUGGCGAAGGAGAAGAAGGUGUGAUGGUUGAAAUGGCUUACAGCAAUUACGUUUCACGGCAUAAGUUUUGGCUACAGUUCCCUCUAUAUUGUGCGUAUAUUGUGCUUAAAAUAUCAUUAUCUAUAUAGUGAAACCUAUUGCAUUGUUUCAGGAAGAAAAGUGUGAAAUAUAGACAUAAAAAUGCGAGAGUUCAAAGUAGUCGUCCUCGGAUCGGGUGGGGUUGGCAAAAGUGCACUUACAGUCCAGUUCGUAUCCGGUUGCUUUAUGGAGAAAUACGAUCCAACUAUCGAAGAUUUCUACAGGAAGGAAAUCGAAGUGGACAAUUCUCCCUGUGUAUUGGAAAUUCUCGAUACGGCUGGGACAGAACAAUUUGCCAGCAUGCGUGAUUUAUAUAUUAAGAAUGGGCAAGGGUUUGUAGUAGUGUACAGUCUGACAAAUCACCAAACGUUCCAAGACAUAAAAGCAAUGAAAGAGCUCAUUACCCGAGUCAAAGGGACAGAAAGAGUACCUAUAUUGUUGGUAGCCAAUAAAGUGGAUCUUGAACAUCAACGCGAAGUGUCAACCAUCGAAGGAAAUGGAUUGGCGCAAGUGUGGGGAUGCCCUUUUGUGGAAGCAAGUGCCAAAAACAGGACAAACGUAAACGAAAUGUUUGCGGAGAUUGUAAGAGAAAUGAAUUUCAGUCCCGAGAAGGAAAAGAAAAGUUACUGUUGUUGCACGGUGCUUUAGGCUAUAAUGAAUUACUUAAUUUCUUUGGCCAGCCUUUAAAUUAGACACUUAUCCUCCAAGAGUUUACUUUCCUGUAUGACGUUGAAAUGUUCUGAACAAAGGUUUGUAGGGCCUACGUAUAUAAAAAAACAACAAAAAACAAAACAGCGUUUAAAAUUAAUCUGGCCACUAUUUAAUGUUAUGGUAUUUUAAUUUUGAAUUGAAUUGUGAAUAUCUGUUCAUUUUACGUUAACUCUGAAGCUUUCAUAAUUGUGCUUUGUAUGUCUGUUUACAUGUUUUUGAGCCAUUGCAAUUAUAUUUUAAGCCUCAAGUAACAUGUAGGACAUGUUUAGUACCAGCAAGAUUUUCUACCAUGGGAUUUUGCAGUUCGCUAGAUACAUUAGUGCCUCUGAUACAUGACAGAGCAUGGGAAUUUAUACAUCUCUUACAGACUAGAAAGAGUGUAUGCUGUUGACAAGUCAUGGCUGCACUAUACUGGAAUUAAUGUUUGAUGUAUAGUCUCUCAGUAGGCCUACACACAUUUCUGAUGCUCACUAAACAGUACCAGAAUGAAUCAAAUUUACAUGGCAUGUGAAAAGCAUGAGAGGCAUAUUUUUAAAAGCCUGUGGUCAGAUAAAUUUUUUAAUCAAGAACAUGGGUGUUAAUUAUCAUGAAGAAUAUUUGUUCUGUCAUAACUACAAGCUUGCAAAAAUAUGCCUUAGUAAUGAAGUAAAGAACACCAUUGAUUUUGCUGUAAAGUUAUAUUAAAAUGAACUUGCAAAAUUUUUUCCAUUGUUACUCCAGAAACCAAAAGGGUACAAUAAUGCUGAAUAAGAGUUCAGUACAUCGAUUCAGUCUGGCCUAAAGAUCUUAACAUCUUCAUGGAUGAUGAAUACCAUUUACGAUGGUGACUACAGAUAUACAUAUUUAUGUACAAUAUCGUAUCAUAUACAGCGCACAUUGUUACAUAUUCAACGUCCCAAAUUUUUUAUAGUUGGUGCUGUGUCUUUUAUGAUGAAUCAUUUGCCAUAAUAUAAAUAAUAUUUAACUGAGUGAUGUUUUAUGUACAGAACAUUUUUUUAGGAACUUACGUGUGACAUGUUCUAUACAGGUUCCACCUACAUUGUUAGUUAAUCAGUGGAAUUUUUUUUUCAUAAAGCAUAAAAAUACCAACAAAAAAAGUAAUGUGUAAUAUCUUUCUAUAUAAAUAAUAUGUCGAUAUAUAAAUAUAUCUUGCAGUCAGCCCUCUUGUUUUGGAUUGAGUUGCAGCUGUAACUGCGUCUCCAUUAUGUGGUGCAAAGAAUCGUGUGUCGUGACGUCAGAAUUAUAUAUUUCAAACUGUAGGUAACUUGUGUACUUAGUGAACAAGAAAGGUGGUCCUGUCACAUAUAUUCUUUUCCUUCUGUGUGUGUGCGUGUGCUUGUACGAGUUUAACAAAUGUCGGCAGACUUGUGAUAUCUAUAUAUACCUGAAAAAAAAAAUAUUUCACUGGAUAUACUUUGGAUUAUCAUAUUACCAGGUACUGUAACUAAAAUUCAUAUAUUACCUAUAGUUUUUAAUAAUCCAUAUCUAAUUUGGCAAAUAUUUAAUACGUAAAAAAGAAAUCAGAAAAAAUUGGGUCCAUGUUUUAGAGUGCUUUUGUUCUUUUUUAUUUCAGUGCAUGUAUCGUCUCACUUAAAAUACCAUGGUAACUUUUAUUUUCGUGUUUGUAUACAUGGAUUACAACUGUUCUGCCUCUUCCAUGAUCUCCAACUCUUAGAUUAGCUG